AUGGGUCAUCCAGCACAUAGUAAGGACUGCCCUGCCGGCUACUAUGCUGUUGGUACAAAGGGACAAACUGCGUGGGUCAACUCGUGCGCGCUGGACCUGGCAGCAAAGGUCAGUGGUCUCCCGUACCCGGUUGCUUAUCUAGUAUCAAUGCUGGGAGAAGCUUUGCGAGCUUUCGGACAUGCAAUUAACAGCGAAACUCAACUGGCGGUGAUUCGUCAGCACACCUCACACGCAGAUGCAAAACUUCGAGAGCUGUGCACAGGGUGGGUCGCGACGGCUGAUGGAUAA